AUGAGUGUAACGACAAGGUUAUUUCGUGAUCCUAAAGAAGAUCAAGGUAAGCAUAGAAAUAUUGAAGGACUUGUAGAGCAACGUCGACAAAAAGUGGCAAGAUCAAGAUCAGAUGACGAAGAUAUGGAUACCCCUAUGAAUGAUGAUCAAUCUACUUGUCCUAAAACACCCAAAACUGCACGUUAUAGUGGUCCUCAUCAAGAAAAAAUUUAUAUAAAUAGAAAUCUUCAAAGACGGUUCAAUGAACAGGAAUAUAUUAAUCCUGGUCAAUAUUCUGAACAGAUUCUUAUUUCUGAUCAAGCCAUAGCACAUUCUGUCGAUACCCGUCUACCUAUGAUUAGAAUACAGUGUAGUCCUGCUCUCCGAUCAAAGGAAACUGGUGUUCAGUUUAUAAAGGAUUUUAUGAAAUAUAUUGAAUCGAAUUUUCGUGUUGAAUAUCCAGGUCAUAAAGACCCAAUUGGAUUAGAUCAGUGGUGGCUCUAA